UAUUAUUACAGUUUUCCCGAGCUAGUUACUUGCGUUACAUUUGCCUGUAGCACCUUGAUCACACACAACGCACACAACACAGAGAACAGAAGCGAAGGGGAGGAGGGCAUGAAUGGAACAGUGAUUGGUCUGGGUUUGGCACGAGGUUUCAUUCACCAUCACCGAUUGGUCGACACCCGGCAGCCAGCAGCAGAGCGGCACCCUCAAAGACAGAUGGGGAAAAAUGGAAGCGUCAAUAACGGCAAGCUCGUUUUCAGAGGAAGGUUCCCAGCAACAGAAAGCUAGUUUCGACGGGUGGAGAUUCAGUAAUUAUUUUGAAUAUGUUCAACGGAAGGAAAAUAACUUGACGGUGAAGUGCACACUCUGCCCGGGGAGAAAGCUGCUCUCCACCGCUUGUAACUCUACCUCCAACUUGAAGAAGCACCUGCAGCGACAGCACGGACACAUCAAGCUCGUUGCGAAGCGACAGAGUGACAUGAACGAGCAGCCCUACAAGCAGCAAAAACUUUCAUUUGAACAUAAAGUACUACCAACAUCAAAAUUCGAGAUAAAUAAGCUUGUUGCCUCGUACGUAGUAGAAGAAAUGUUACCUCUUUCUACCGUCGAAUCGCUGUCUUUUAGAAAUAUACUCUGCAAAAUACCGAUAGCAGGGACAGACCAGCCGUUUUCCGACAGGAAAACCUUCGCAAUGUACCUAGAUAAAUGUUACACCAUGAUGGAAAGUGAGCUGAAGAAAACGUUUGAGAGCACUGAGUAUGUGUCAACGACCGCUGACAUCUGGACUUGUCACAACAAAAGCUACAUAGGCAUGACUGCCCAUUGGAUUGAUCCAAGCAACUUCCAUCGUGAAAAAGCAGCCCUUGCCUGCAAAAGAAUCAAAGGACGACACACAUAUGACAUUGUGGCCACCGAAAUUGAGCAGGUUCACUCAUCUUAUGGACUGACAGAGAAGGUCACAGCAACCGUCACAGACAAUGGAUCGAAUUUUGUUAAGGCUUUCAGGGAGUAUGAGCCCAAGCCAGCAGCAGCAUCCGAUUCAGAGGACGAGGGAUCAGGGGAGGAUGAAGAAGUGUCAUUUACCGAUGUACAAGAAGUGCUCUCCACGGAACAAGAAGACCCAGGACACUUUACUCUCCCCCCUCACUUAAGAUGUGCCUCGCACACACUUAAUUUGAUAUCAACUGUUGAUAUUGAAAAAUGGUUGACAGUGACAAACAAAACAAUUUACAGAAGUGCCACUGCAAAGUGCUCUGCCCUCUGGACUAAGGCCAGCCGGUCUACAGUAGCUGCAGAGCUAGUGGAAAGCCUUUGUGGAAAAAAGCUCAUGGUGCCUACAGUGACGAGAUGGAACUCUUUCCACAAUGCAGUUGCACGAAUAACUGAGAUAUCCAGACCACAGUUGACAACUCUCUGCAGUCAGUUAGGUGUACGAGCCUUUUCCGAGCGAGAGUACAAAUUCCUUGUAGAGUAUUGCACAGUCACAAAACCGCUUACAAAAGCUUUGGACCGUUUACAAGGGGAAAAUGAUUGUUAUUAUGGCAAUCUAUUACCGACACUGGAGUCUCUGAUGUCAAAGACCUUGGCAUUGCGUCCCGGCCUCUCCGAGAUGAUGGAAAAUCUGCCUGAUGUCAUAGUGCAGGCCAUCAAAACCCGCUUUGCUUCUGUUUUGGACAGUAGGGAGGGUCUCCUGGCUGCUGUCACUCUGCCGAAGUUCAAGAUGAGGUGGUUGAGGGAAGAGACCAGGAGAGAGGCCCUAAAGAAUCUGCUGAUAACAGAGUGUCGUGCUUCACCCCUGGCUGCCCCCCACAAUGAGGAGCAUGAGGUCAGGCCUCCACAGAUUAGUCCAGCAUCCAGCAGUAGUGAGGAUGACUUUUUUGUGUUUGAGGAAGAGCAGGAUUCAGGAUCUUUUGGCCCAGACAGGGAGGUGAUGGAGUACCUGAAGUCUGGGUCAGAGAUGGGGGUCCUAGACAACUUCCCCAGAAUUAAGAACUUAUCUUUAAAAUACAAUACAGCACCAGCAUCCAGUGCUCCAGUGGAGAGGCUAUUCAGCCUGGGAAGCCUUGUUCUCACUCCAAGGAGGAACAGGUUAGGAGACAAGCGCUUUGAGAGACUCCUCCUUAUGAGGUAUAACCACUACUUUGACAAAUAAGCUGACACAUUCAGAAGCUCAUAUUUUGCACCAGAAAAAUGCAUUACAGUAAAUGCCAACUGUAUUUUUCCUUUUAUUUACUUUGAGUCUUCUGUAUUUGCUUUAACUCAUUUCAACAACCUACCUCUCCUCUGCACUGUGUUUUGCUUUUUAACAAUUUACCUCUCCUCUACACAGUGCUGGUAAGGCCAGUCUUUUUUAUUUAUGGAUAUAUUUUUUUUGAGGAAGUUAAUAUUUUUUUUUGUUUGUACUUGUUAAUCGACAAUCAAAUUGAUUUUUUGCACUAGAUGGUUUUUGUUAAACAUUGAGGAAGUUAAUAUGUUCUUGUACUUGUUAUAAAUUGACAAUCAAAUUGAUUGUUUGCACUAGACAGUGUUUGUUAAACAUUGAGGAAGUUCAUAUGUUUGGACUUGUUAUAAAUUGACAAUCAAAUUUACUGAUUGUUUGCACCAGACGGUGUUUGUUAAACAUUCAGGAAGUUAAUACUUGUUUGUACUUGAUUGCACAAGUACGGUUGUUUGUAGUUAUUUGUGCUAGACAGUGCCAGUCUGUUGUUGGCGUAAUAAAGACCCUAAAGAACACUCCUCCUUUGUA